UUCAACAUCAUCAAUUAUGGCGGGUUCGUGUUUUUUCAAGCUCAAAUACGAAAUGAGUAGUUAUUUGCGCCGCUCGGGCGGCGACAUUGACAGCGAUUUGUCGAAUAUUCUCGUGCGCCAUUUUGUGAAUGCUGUGGAAUUUCGUGUUAAGUAAUCAAUGCGAGGAAGUCAAUUAUAGUGUUUCAUUAAAAUGUCCGAGAAGUUGGUGGGAAAGACGGUGCUGAAGAGACAUGAGGUUGCCAGGCCCGUGCACAUACAGAGGCUGGAGGCCUCCCUGGACGUGCGGCCUUUCGUGAGUCAAGUUGAAAGGAUACUGAACUCUGAUGGGGCUUCCGACAGUGAUGAUGACUCAGACGCCAAGUCUAUUGGAAACGAGAUGUCCAAAGGAGACCGGAUGAUCCAUGGAGUAGUUACUACCAAGCAAGAACGCCAAAGUGACCGCCUCAGACUGUACAACUUAAGUUCAGUAGGAGAGGAGAGAGAAUGGCUGCGAGAUGUCCUAUUGUCUUCAGGGUCAGAGACAAGUAGCGAUGAAGAUUCUCCAUCUGCAAAAGAGUCGAGGAUACAGAGAUUGCUGAAGGAGAGGAAACAUCAAAAUAGAUAUGCUAAGAAGUAUUACAAGGACCAAGGGAAUUCCCGCUACAUGUACUAUGGGGCUGGUCUCCUAUCCACCGUUGAUCGAUACCCAGAGCGUCGUAUCAGCAGGCCGGUGCCACCACCACCCUCCACGAGAGGCAGGAGAGGACGGCCUGCGGAGAGAGGGUCGUCUACAAGAGGCUUGCACAAAGCACGGCGAGGGAGGGUGAGAGAUGCAAGAGGCAAUGAGGGUGGUGAUAUGCCUGAUGGUGUUGAUUGGGAAGAACAAUUACGUAAUUUGAAGGAUGAACCUGACAAUGAUGAUUAUAACAUGUCCACGGAGAAGCCUGGUGUAAGAGGACGCAAAAAGCUAUCAACAUUAAAAACCCCCGAAGCGCUGACCGCUCGCAGACGACGUCACUGGUUGCUACUAGUUAAGAAAGAGCUUGGUAAAGUGCAAAGGGCGCGUACUGCCACACAUAGAGAAGUUAUGCUGCAAAGGAAACGAUUAGCAACCUUGUGCUGUAAGCAUUGGAGGCAUAUUGCUAUGCAGAGUCAGAAAAAUAUGAAGGAAACAGUAUGGCGAUGUAAGCGAUUGAGUCGAGAGAUGCAAGCUUAUUGGAGGCGAUACGAUCGAGCCGAGAGGGAGACAAGACGACGUAUGGAAAGGGAGGCUGAGGAACAGAGAAAGAUGGACGUAGAACUCAUGGAAGCGAAACGGCAACGUCGCAAGCUAAACUUCCUGAUAACACAAACCGAGUUGUACGCGCAUUUCAUGCAGAAGAAGAUGAAUGCCGGGGACGACGGCGACAGUGGCGCCGCCAGGAUCCUGCGGCAACUCGACGAGGACCGGGACCCGAGACUCGCAGCUAUUGAUCAUUAUGAUAGCGAGGUGAUGAAGGCCCGCGCGUCCCGCAACGCGCGCGAGGCGUUCCGCGCGGAGCGGGCGCGCACGCAGCUGUUCGACGCGGCCGCCGGCGCCGCCGAGCCCGAGCCCGCGCCCGGCCCCGAGCGCCGCGCGGGCGACCACGACCAGCCCGACAUCUUCAGGGGCACGCUCAAGGGCUACCAGCUCAAAGGGAUGAACUGGCUGGCUAAUCUCUAUGAUCAGGGUAUCAGUGGCAUAUUAGCAGAUGAGAUGGGUCUCGGCAAGACGGUACAAUGCAUAGCGUUCUUAUGUCACGUGGCUGAGAGACUUGGUGUAUGGGGGCCGUUCCUCGUCGUGUCACCCGCUUCGACACUACACAACUGGCAGCAGGAAAUGCAGAGAUUUGUACCAGAUUUCAAAGUGGUACCAUACUGGGGCAGUCCAAGCGAGCGCAAAAUCCUUCGUCAAUUCUGGGAACGUAAAGACUUGCAUACACGACAAGCGGCUUUCCACGUCGUGGUGACGUCAUACCAGAUUGUGGUGUCAGAUCUGAAGUACUUAAACCGUGUGUCGUGGCAGUACAUGAUACUGGAUGAAGCUCAGGCUAUUAAAAGCUCUGCGAGUAUGAGAUGGAAGUUGCUGCUUGGAUUCAGCUGUAGGAAUAGAUUGUUGCUGUCUGGUACUCCUAUCCAGAACAGUAUGGCGGAACUGUGGGCGCUAUUGCAUUUUAUAAUGCCGACGUUAUUCGACUCCCAUGAGGAAUUCAACGAAUGGUUCUCCAAAGAUAUCGAGAGUCACGCCGAGAAUAAGAGUACUAUUGAUGAGAAGCAUUUAUCGCGCCUACACAUGAUUUUGAAGCCAUUCAUGUUGCGGCGAAUCAAAAAGGACGUAGAGAACGAGCUCUCUGAUAAAAUUGAGAUUAUGGUGCAUUGUCCGCUUACUAUUAGGCAGAAAUUAUUGUAUAUAGCUUUAAAGAAGAAAAUAAAAAUAGAAGAAUUACUCCACUACUCUGUGGGCGCCGAGUCUGGUCACAACGUAGAUAAGAACUUCACUUCCAAUCUUAUGAACUUAGUUAUGCAAUUUAGAAAGGUAUGCAAUCACCCCGAAUUAUUCGAGAGACGCGACGUAAGAUCUCCAUUUUCAAUGCAAGUCGACGACUAUCACAUACCAAAGCUGGUAGCAGAAGAAUGCAUUCUCAUCCGUGCCAUACCUUCAAAACGCCAUCUACUAUACAACAAACUGUCCAUAUUAACCCCUGAUAGUGUACAAAGAAGUGUCAAUGGGGAGGAAAUGGAGGUUGAAGGGGGGAAAAAGUUUGUUGAUAACAGUUUCUUUGCCUUCACGAGGUUCAUGGAUCUAUCGCCCAUGGAGCUGUAUAGGGUUAUGCUGUGUGGAUGGCUUUUUGCAAUGCAACACAUUGAGUAUUGCCUAGAAAAAUACGAAAAGCUCCGUCACCGUCACAGCUGGUGGACCUCCUCACAGGUUUGUGACGUCAAACAGGAGGCAGGCGUGACAGAGACAGACUUAUGUCACGACUACUAUGAUAGAGUGACCAGCAAGGACAAGCUGUUGGUGUGUCCCGAUGGAGAUGUGUUUGGAAAGAGAAAGGAUGAUAGCUUGAUGUGGAAGGAGCUGUUGUUUACUGAUCCAUUGUGGAUUCAAGGUGGUCCAUUCUACACACAUACCGAACAUACAAUACAUUACGUUCCUGAAACUAUUGAACACAAAGCUAUGAGAAUAAGGAAUAUGAGGGAAAGAGAUGGACAAACGGAGAUGCUAAGCGAGAUCAAGACAGAGGAGGGCGGUGUGAUAGCCGUGCAGCCCAUGGAGGUCCCGGACGUACCGCAUGUGGAGCGGCCGCCGGUCACCUACCCGGACAUGCCCACACCGCUACCCUCGUUCCUGUAUACUGCUCAGCAAAAGGUGUGCACGUGCACGCGCGCGGCGUGGGCGGUGUCGCGGCGCUUCGCGCACCAGCGGGCGGCGGGCGCGGCGGGCCGGGCCGCGCUCUGGCGCCUGGCCGCCGCCGCGCGCCCGCCGCACGGCUGGGCCGAGCUGCACGUGCCCGAUAAAAAUCAACUUGUUAGCGAUGCUGGUAAACUAACAGCUUUAGACUCUCUGUUAAGAAGACUGAAAGAACGUGGACAUAGAGUGCUAAUCUACAGUCAAAUGACGAAGAUGAUUGAUUUGCUUGAGGAAUACAUGUGGCAUAGAAAACAUAAAUACAUGCGGUUAGACGGCUCCAGUAAAAUUUCCGCUCGACGAGACAUGGUGGCUGAUUUUCAGGCACGCACAGACAUCUUCGUGUUCCUCCUGUCGACUCGCGCCGGCGGUCUGGGCAUCAACCUCACAGCAGCAGACACAGUCAUAUUCUACGACUCCGACUGGAACCCCACCGUGGACCAGCAAGCUAUGGACCGCGCGCACAGGCUGGGCCAGACUAAACAAGUCACGGUGUAUCGUUUGAUAUGCAAGGGGACUAUUGAAGAAAGGAUUAUGCAGAGAGCGAGGGAGAAGAGUGAGAUUCAAAGAAUGGUGAUCAGCGGUGGUAACUUCAAACCGGACACGCUGAAACCCAAGGAAGUGGUGUCUCUGCUUCUCGAUGACGAAGAAAUUGAACUGAAAUAUCGUCAAAAAUCUGAAGAGAAGAAACUGAUGGAAGAAAGGGAACGUAAAAGAAAAAUGGGAAUAUUACCUCCUGUUCAGGCCCCAGCGACUAUCGAAGCGAAACGUCCUCGCGACUCGGCCUCAGAACCGGGCAGUCCACUACAAGUUGACGAUGAUGACAAACUGGUGGUCGAUGUGCCUCCUUCACCGUCACCCUUACCGUCGUACAGCAGCACCCCUGCAGUGGGCAGCAGCAGCGCGGCCGGGCCCUCGGGCAGCGGCCGCGCCGGCGCCUGGGGCGUGGCGCGCGCGGGCCGGGGCGCG